GUAAAUACAAAGUAGAUGGCCGUGUCAGCGUGGUGUUUGUAAUGUGCUCUGUGAUUAACUGGGAAAAAAAUAUGGGAAACAGUGAUGUACAGUUGGUCGGCGGCCCUUGCGGUCAACACGGACCUUACACCUUCUACAAGGCCUUUAAAUACAACAAAAACGGAAUUUGGAGAAUAGUAACGUUAAGUGAGUUUUUCUUUGUUAAAAUGUGGAGAGACAGUGAUUUGUUGUGCAUCGGUGAAUUGCAAUUGCUUUGGAUCGACAAAAAUAGUGAACAAGUGUUAGCCAGUCUUAGAUUGUAUUUUUUGCCGGAAAAUACGCCGGAGGGGCGUUUGGACCACGGAGAGGACGAAGUUCUGGCGAUAUCUGAAAAAGUGGUGAUAAGAGUGGAAGAUUUGAUAACGUGGAUAACGGUGGAGGCGGAAUGGACAUGGGGGCGAUUGGCGAAGUCUCAACAAGACGUUAAACCAGUCGAAAACGAAUCCAGCGAGGACAAUAUGCCGCCCAGGAAACCAGCCGGCAUUAGUUUCACCAUCCACGAUAACGGUUUGGAUUACGCUGAUGUCGAAAACGAGAAAAAUAGUCUAGAAAAUUCCACGACCUCCGAUGAUCCCCACGUAGUGAUUUUAAGCUUCCCGAAGUACUGCCGAUUCAGGGCGAUGAUGAAGCGCCUCGACGGCGUCGAAGACGUCUACCUGAAAUACAAAAUCGUAAACGCCCUGGGCGGCUUCUACGUCGCCCAUCCCAACACCAGGGUGCUCUUCUGCCGCGACACCUUCGACUAUCCCGAGCUGGAGGGGCACGAGCUGCUCUGCAACCACCUGGCGCCCAAGCUGAAGGGCCGACCGAGGGGCAAGCGGAAAAAACGCAGCCUGUCGCCGGGAUCCGAGAGCAAUGAGUCUGAAUCUUCCGUUAGUACCUCAAUUAAGGCGGAAUGUAGGAAUAGUAUUGAAUUGAAUUCGACGGGUCUUCCUCGACGCAGUACGAGAUGCCAUGAAAAUAACGAAAAUAAAGAGUUCAUAAAGAAACUGGGCGCUUUCAUGAAAUCGAACCUCACGCCGAUCGGAAGGAUUCCAUCGUUAGGAUACAAAGAACUGAAUCUUUACGAAUUUUUUACGAGAGUACAAAAACUGGGCGGAUACGAGGCCGUCAGUACUAAUCGGUUGUGGAAAUCGAUUUUCGACGAAAUGAGCGGUCAUCAAAAUAGUACCAGCGCUGCCACGGUUAUUAGAAGACACUACGAAAGAUUUUUAUUGCCGUAUGAGCGCCACGUACGAGGUGAAGAAUACAAACCACUGCCGGCGUCAGAGAGAAGAAGAUUGAAAUACAAACGCGGCAGCUCGAGCGUUAGUGAUCCCGAAUCAAGUAAUGACAGUACAACUGUUCCCUCAACCUCUAGGAAGACCUCCGUUCCCGGUCUUCUAACUGAGAAUAAAGACAACGUUAAACCCGAAGGCAAACCGUCAUCAUUGCGAAGCGUUCGAGUGAAAACAGAUAGACAAAAAGACAAGCAGCUUCAAAGCGAAAAAGAGAGCACCUCAAACAAUAACAACAACAAUGAAAAUUGGCAUUCGCCGGUUAAAGCGGAAGAUGCCGGCGAUUUCAAGUCCACCGUAGAAAAGCUAGUAAUCAAAACCGAAAGUAUGACCGUUAAAACGGAACUAUCUACGUUAAUAUCGCCUACUCAUCCCGUCAAAAUAGAAUACGAAUCGGUGAAUAACGAAAACGACGAUAAGAAAAACACGGAAAUCAAAUACGAAAGUAAAAACAUACCCGUUACGAUUUCCCUUAAAAUAGAGACGAAUUUAAAAACGGAAAGCUCAACUGUAAAAGAGGAAGCUGAAGGCGUUGUAAAAGUCGAAAACGCGCCGGUGCCUGUAAAAAACGAACAAGACAGCAAAGAAAUGAAAGUCGAAGUGGUUCCCGUUAAAUCCGAACCCGUCACUUCCGCCGCUACCCCGGUAGCCGUUAAAGUUCCCAUGAGCGAGGUCAUGUCGCCGGUGGAAGGAAAAGAAAACAUCCCCCUAAUCAAACCCGCCGAAGUGGUCGAGCCGCCGUACCGACCGAAACCCAUAGAAACCAUAAACGUCGAAGUCGAAUCGUACAGAAACAACUUCAUGCACGAAAUGAAGAAGAGAAAACUGGACAUUCUGAAGGAGGGCGGUCUCGAAGUCACCCCCGUCCGAUCGGCUCCGAGCCGAGACGGCCGCCCGUCGGUCAUCCAACCGGUGCACCCCGCUCAAUCGGCGCCCCAAUCGAUGCCGCCGCCAGCGAGCGCGGCGCCCAUGAAACGGACGCACGUCGCGACGCCCCAAGCCCCGACGACGCCGACGAAGAAAUCCCCGACGUCCUUCCAGUUCGUCAACGGCGCCACGCCGCCCAAAGUCGUCCAGUCGCGAUCCAUCUACUCCUAUUCGGAGAAAACCGUCUACGGCAACCCCAAGGACAUCCUAUCGCCUAUGGUGCACGCGCCCAAAUUCGCGGACGCGCCGCCCAGGCAACCUACCGGCGGCGAUCCGGUCGAUCUAUCGGUCAACAGCCCCCAGAAACCCGUCAUCGAGAUCAUGCGAAUGCCCCAAUCGUCGUCGACGAACCGCGACAGCGUCACGAAGAACCUCUACAAAACUACCCCGGUCAUGGACAACCGUCGAUUGGGUCCCAACUUGGAGAUAACGCUCGUCGGUCCCAACAAAACCUACCCGAACGCGCACAAGAUGUACCACCAGCCGUCGUCGUCGUCGUCUCACAGCCACGCUCCCGCGCAGAAGCGAUACCCCGCCGAUUACUACGUGCCCCCGAAGCCGACGAGAGCGGACGAAAACGGCAGGUACAAACCCAACGGGUCGCAGCCGCAGCACAGGCAGAUGCACCCCGACGCGCCCAAACCGGCCAGCAGUAGAAACUACCAGCAGCCCAACGCGAAGCACCCACCGGCUCCCGCUUACCCGCCCUAUUUGACGCAGCUCUACGAGCAGGCCGCCAAGGGCGUGCCCUACUUCCCCAUGAUAGAUCCCGCCAUGUAUUACACCGCCGCCAUGCAGAAUUUGUAUUCGAAUAACAAUUUGAAUAGCGCGCCCGUUCUGCCGGUACCCACUGCGGAGCAAUUGAAAUUGUACGCCGAAUUGAUGGCGCACGGCAGGCUCUCCUAUCCGUAUCACUCGAUGCAAGAUAACAAUAAAAUAAAGAAACCUUAAAGGUAGAGAGGAUCCGCUUCGUUUUCGAAUUCAAAAUACGUACGUAGUUUGUGCUGUUACUUUCGUUCGGAGAUAUUUCACGGCAGUUGCAGGAUUAUGUUUUGUGGGAGUGCAGUUAAAUUAUAUGAAAUAUGUAAAGUAGAAUUCAUCGGUUUGUGGGAAUGAAAGAAAGCUAUAAAAACAACAAAGAAUAUCGGCAGUAGAACAAAUACUGAUGCAUCGCUGGACAUAUUUGAGUAUUAAGAAAAUGCCAUUUCAAUAUUUUGGCUAUUAGAGUGUUCUCACACGGUGCAAUAUAUUGCAGCAAUUUAUUGCAUUGCACUUAAAAUACAUGUGUUCAAAUGCGUAGUUUUCACACGUAUGCGAUACGAUAAUUUUUAUUAACUCUUGUAUAUUUCAAUAUAUUGAACCGUGUGAAAACGCUCUAAUUGCCAAAAUAUUAUUUUAUUAGUGAAUGAAGUUUUCGAAAUUAAAGUACUCAAAUAUGUCCAGAUAGGUUCGCCUGUAUUUGUCCUAUUCCCUAAAUUUUUUGUUGUUUUUAUAGCUCUUUUUUCAUUCUCGUAAAGCGAUGAAUAAUUAUUCUACUAAAGCUGUGAAAUCUGCAGACCUAAAAUGCGCAAAUGUUUUUUUUUUUAUUGAAGGUGAAAUUUGGAAGUAGGGAUAAGAGGGAUUCUUCUCUCAAAAUAACCUACUGUACGAUGCUAAAGUUACAAAAAAACCUAAAAUAGCCCAGUUGUAAAAGGUUGUUAAAAAUUCUAUUUUUACUAUAUCCUCUUUUGUAAUAUUAUAAAUAUAAAACAACAUGCCAAUUUGGGACACAAAACAUAUCCAAAAACCGAAAAAAAUCUAACCAUUUCUUUUCAAAUUUAUGUCCACUGGGCUCUAAGACGAAAUUAUGGAUAUAUGAUUGAUAAAUUACUAUUGACAAUGUUAUAUUUCGAACAAUAAAUUCCCGAAUUUUAAGAGAAUUUAAAUUAAUUUCGUUAGAUAACAUUUUUAGACUAUUUAGGUCUCUAGCCUAAGCUCUUGGAAAUCGUCGUUUUUAUCUUGCUUGUUAUUGAUUUUUUUUUUAAUUCUCGCCUAGGUUAACUGAAAAUGUCUUUAAGCUCUAAGUAAUUUCUGUUUCUCUUGUAACAAAGAUAAGUGUUAUUUUUAGAAAUGUAUAUAAGCUACAUUUACAUUAGUGUCUGUGAUUUUAUUAUAUAUAAAAUAUUAUAUAAAUUUAGAUAUACCAAAUGAAUUUUUUGUACAUACACAUUAUUCCCUGUUUUAGAUUUAGUCAAUUAUUUCAGUUUUU